CAUCAUCAAAUCUUGGUCCAUGGCGUUUCCUUUGGGCAUCGAUCUGCACGGGUGAAGCGUCGAAGCGCGUUCCUCAAAUCGGUGAAACGAACCCACGAUUCGCUCGAGCUGGGAUCCGCCGGAGGAGAGCCGUGGAAUCCCGUGUUCUGGAGCUAUGAUGGCUGGGGAGAUCGACGGACCGGAGCGGAAGGAGGUCGUGAUAGUUCUCCGGACGAUCGGCCCCGCUCGCCCAUCUCGCCUCCCCGUCCCUUCCCCCGUCAAAGUGCAUGAUCUAAGGAAACUGAUUGCUGAAAAGAGUCAUUUACCAAUUGGAGAUUUGAGGCUUAUUUUGCGAGGAAAAGUACUGGAUGACACAAAGGAUGGAGAUGAUAUGUGUGUGGAACUCAUAGACGGUGAUUCUUUGAUCGCUGCCGUGAAACCGAAGUCACCAGUUAAACGUUCUCAUGACGGAGUAGAUACUGAUGAUGAUGAAGAUGAUUUGAAGUUUCAUCUUCCUCAAUCAUCCAGUUGGUGGAAGAGGAAAAUGUUCAACCUUUUACAUGACAAGUUGAAGCUACCUGACAUUCUUUUGAUGGCAAUUUUUUCUUUAAGUCUGAAGACAUGGGUCUUAAUCAUCUUGUGGUUUAUCUUGGCACCUGUUGCUUAUAGAUGGGAUCUCGGACCUUUAUAUAUACUCGCCACUGGAUUUAUGAUUAUUCUUUUAAAUCUUGGGCAACGGCAAUCCGGUGACCUCAGCGCAUAUUCGAUCUUCAAUGAAGGUUUCAGAGAGCUUCCUGGGACUCUCAAUGCAGACCGUCUUGAUAGAGACAUAAGGACGGGGCAAAUCUGAGCCUGUCAUGCGGAGCUCCUCAACGCAAUCCUGCUCAAAUCUUGACUUGAAGAUUGCACGCCGUCGCAGCCCAGUUUUGUAAAGCUGUUGGAUUACAGCCAAGUGUGUCCUGACUCAUUUAUUGUGCAGAUAUAGUAAAUCGAGUGUGACAAGCCAUCAGUCAAAGCAAUGUCAUUUGCACUUUAAGACUUUGUCUUCUCUAAGAGCCAUUUGUCUACUUUUAGGCUUUUAGCGGGACUGUGACUGCUGUAAAUCGUGAAGGUUUGGAACGCGCAACAAAGCCUCGGGGUGGCGAGAGGAGAAGAACCUCUUGGUAUAUAUAGUGUGUUCAUAAACUUAAAAAAUUUCUUGUGGACA